AUGUCCGAACCCGAUCCCAAACCUCGCCAACGUUCAGUACAAUGGUCACCAGCGACGACGCCGGAGAGUAAACCGAUUCCACCUUCUUCAUGGGCGAAGAAAACAGGUUUUAAGCCGAAAUUCUCCGGCGAGGCCAAUGCCGGUGAUUCUGGUCAGAUAAGCUUGCCGGUUAAGUCCAGAGAGCCUGACGUGAGCUCGGAUCUUGAAGCUGGCCGUGGUAGAGCUCUUCCUCUUCCGGCGGUGACAAAUGGUGUGGCGAAAGUUCUACCUUCUAAGGAUUUGGUAGUGAAGAAGCGGAGAGACUCUGAUGGAGUUCCGAGUGUCAUUGGUCAGACCAAUGCGGAACUUCCGGUUCGGAGAACUGCGAGGACCGAUGAAGCUGUUGGUUCCUUGCCGCAGACUGUGGAUGACGAUGAAUUUGUGUCAAGGCAUUCACAUAUGAAGUAUGAGCUUAGAGAUUCACCUGGUUUAGUUCCGAUCGGUGUGUAUGGUAUUCAGCAUUAUGUUUCUAUAUUAGGUUCAUUGAUUCUCAUUCCACUUGUUAUUGUUCCUGCAAUGGGAGGUACUCAUGAGGAUACUUCUACUAUGGUAUCAACUGUGUUCUUCAUGUCUGGAGUGACUACACUCUUGCAUACUAUUUUUGGGUCUAGGUUGCCAUUGAUACAAGGGCCUUCUUUUGUUUAUCUGGCUCCAGUUUUGGCGAUCAUCAACGCGCCCGAAUUUCAAGGAUUAAAUGGAAAUAAAUUCAAACAUAUAAUGAAGGAGCUGCAAGGGGCUGUAAUUAUUGGAUCUGCUUUUCAAACUUUCCUUGGAUAUUCCGGACUUAUGUCCCUGUUAGUAAGGUUUAUCAAUCCUGUGGUUGUAUCCCCAACCAUUGCUGCAGUUGGACUUUCAUUUUAUGGUUAUGGUUUUCCUCUAGUUGGCACAUGUCUUGAGAUUGGUGCAAUACAGAUAUUUGUAGUUAUUGUUUUUUCUCUUUAUCUUCGUAAACUAUCUGUUUUUGGACACCGCAUAUUUCUUAUAUAUGCAGUUCCUUUGGGUUUGGCAAUUACAUGGGCAGUUGCUUUCUUGCUGACUGAAGCUGGAGCCUACAACUACAAAGGGUGUGACAUAAACAUACCUGCCUCAAAUAUGGUUUCAGAACACUGCAGAAAGCAUAUUUCAAGGAUGAAACAUUGUCGAAUUGAUACUUCUCGUGCACUGAAAUCGUCCUCAUGGUUUAAAUUUCCCUAUCCAUUGCAAUGGGGUACUCCUGUCUUCAACUGGAAAACGGCUGUUGUGAUGUGUGUGGUUUCCUUAAUCUCAUCUGUAGAUUCGGUUGGCUCAUAUCACGCAUCUUCAUUAUUGGUAGCAUCCAGACCUCCAACUCCCGGGGUUCUUAGUCGCGGAAUUGGUAUGGAAGGUCUUUGUAGUGUGUUGGCUGGUCUAUGGGGUACUGGAACUGGAUCUGCAACUUUAACUGAAAAUGUUCAUACAAUUGCUGUGACUAAAAUGGGAAGCCGCGGAGCAGUUCAAUUGGGUGCAUGUCUUCUGAUAGUGUUAUCUCUCGUGGGGAAGGUUGGAGGGUUCAUUGCUUCAAUUCCUGCAGUCAUGGUUGCUGGUCUCCUAUGCUUUAUGUGGGCAAUGCUUACAGCAUUGGGCUUGUCGAAUCUACGUUAUAGUGAGGCUGGAAGCUCUCGCAAUAUCAUCAUAAUUGGAUUAUCACUGUUCUUCUCUCUUUCCAUACCUGCAUAUUUUCAACAAUAUGGCAUCUCUCCGAAUUCCAACAUGUCAGUGCCAAGUUAUUUUCAGCCUUACAUUGUGGCUUCUCACGGGCCUUUCCAAAGCAAAUAUGGAGGGUUGAACUAUAUUCUGAACACGAUAUUUUCGCUGCACAUGGUGAUCGCUUUUCUCGUUGCUUUUAUCUUGGAUAAUACUGUACCUGGCAGUAAGCAAGAACGUGGGGUAUACGUUUGGUCGGAACCUGAUGUUGCUAGAAGAGAUCCUGCUGUUACCAAAGACUAUGGGUUGCCAUUGAGAGUUGGUCGGAUUUUCAGAUGGGUGAAGUGGGUUGGCCUGUGA